UUACCUUAACAAAAAAAAAAAAAAAAAAAAAAUUAAAAAACUGAGGAGUACUCCGUAUUUUGUACGAAUGAAUUUUCUGUAACUCCAAAUCUGGCAAAUCACCCAGGCGCAUCUGCUCUGCAUCUCCUCCUCCUCCUCCUCCUCCUCCUUGUCGGGAAAUUACAACAGCAGCAUCUUGUAGUUGUAUCACCAUUUCACUACCUCUAGUCGGCGGUGCCUCUGUCAACCAUCUCCUCCACUGCUGCUGCUAUUCUCGGUAAUGGAUCAGGGACGGGCCUGAUUUUAGAGAGAAGGAAAAACGGAGCAAUCGAAAAUGCUGAGAUUACGGGCAUUUCGGCCGACGAAUGAGAAGAUUGUCAAAAUUCAACUUCAUCCAACUCAUCCAUGGCUAGUCACCUCUGAUGCCUCUGAUCAUGUCUCCGUUUGGAAUUGGGAACAUCGCCAGGUUAUUUAUGAGCUAAAAGCUGGUGGAGUUGAUGAAAGGCGGCUUGUUGGUGCCAAAUUGGAGAAGCUUGCCGAGGGCGAGUCUGAGUCUAGAGGGAAGCCUACUGAAGCUAUACGUGGAGGAAGUGUUAAGCAAGUCAACUUUUAUGAUGAUGAUGUACGGUUUUGGCAACUUUGGCGUAAUCGAGCAGCAGCUGCUGAGUCUCCAUCGGCAGUUAGUAAUGUCACUUCUGUUUUGAGUCCUCUCGCACCAGCAACAAAAGGAAGACAUUUUCUGGUCAUCUGUUGUGAGAACAAAGCUAUAUUUUUGGACUUGGUAACAAUGCGUGGUCGUGAUGUUCCCAAGCAAGAACUUGAUAAUAGAUCCCUAAUGUGUAUGGAAUUCUUGUAUAGAUCCACUGCAGUUGAAGGUCCACUAGUUGCUUUUGGUGGAUCAGAUGGUGUUAUACGAGUUCUUUCGAUGAUAACUUGGAAGCUUGCCCGAAGGUACACUGGAGGCCACAAAGGAGCUAUAAAUUGUCUCAUGACCUUCAUGGCUUCUUCAGGCGAGGCAUUGCUGGUCUCAGGUGGAAGUGAUGGUUUACUAAUACUUUGGAGUGCCGAUCAUGGUCACGAUUCACGAGAGCUUGUACCCAAACUUAGUCUAAAGGCACAUGAUGGUGGAGUUGUGGCUGUAGAAUUAUCAAGAGUUUCUGGUGGUGCACCGCAGCUUAUCACGAUCGGUGCUGAUAAAACAUUGGCUAUAUGGGAUACAAUCUCAUUCAAGGAGAUGCGGCGCAUAAAGCCAGUUCCUAAGAUGUCUUGCCAUAGUGUGGCAUCUUGGUGCCAUCCUCGUGCUCCAAACCUUGAUAUAUUAACCUGUGUGAAGGAUUCACAUAUAUGGGCCAUUGAACAUCCAACUUAUUCAGUCCUGACAAGACCAUUAUGCGAACUUUCCUCCCUUGUACCUCCACAUGCUCUUGCACCGAGCAAAAAGCUUCGGGUUUACUGUAUGGUUGCACAUCCUUUACAGCCACAUUUGGUUGCUACUGGAACAAAUAUUGGUGUAAUUAUUAGCGAGUUUGAUUUUCGAGCUCUUCCACCUGUGGUUGCUCUACCAUCACCACCCGGAAGUCGAGAGCAUUCUGCUGUAUAUGUAGUUGAAAGAGAACUCAAAUUAUUGACCUUUCAGUUGUCUAAUACAGCAAACCCAUCUUUGGGUAGCAACGGCUCGUUGACCGAAUCAGCUAGGUCUAAGGUGGAUUCAGAAGCAUUGCAGGUCAAACAGAUAAAGAAGCACAUAAGCACACCUGUUCCACAUGAUUCAUAUUCAGUUCUUUCUUUAAGCAGUACAGGAAAGUAUCUCUCAGUGGUGUGGCCCGAUAUCCCGUACUUUUCUAUAUACAAGGUCAGCGACUGGUCCAUUGUUGAUUCAGGCAGUGCGCGACUCUUGGCAUGGGAUACCUGUCGUGAUAGAUUUGCAAUAUUAGAAUCUGCUGUUGUUCCACGAAUACCUGUAAUUCCAAAGGGGGGGUCAUCUAGAAAAGCGAAGGAAGCAGCAGCAGCUGCAGCUGCGGCUGCUGCAGCUAGUGCGGCGUCUUCUGCCUCUGUUCAAGUGCGUAUUGUACUUGAUGAUGGGACAUCUAACAUAUUGAUGAGAUCGAUUGGUGAAAGGAGUGAACCGGUUAUCGGUUUGCACGGUGGUUCACUCCUUGGUGUUGCAUAUAGAACUUCUCGCCGUGUUAGUGCUGUUGCAGCUACUGCAAUUUCAACAAUUCAGUCAAUGCCAUUGUCAGGGUUUGGCUCCAGUGCAUCUUCAUUUAACACAUUUGAUGACGGCGUCGGUUCUGGUCCUUUAUCCACUCAAAAUUUUCAGCUAUAUAGCUGGGAAACUUUUCAACCUGUUGGCAGUCUUCUCCCACAGCCAGAAUGGACAGCUUGGGACCAAACUGCUGAGUAUUGUGCUUUUGCGUAUCAGAAAUAUAUUGUCAUAUCUUCCUUGCGUCCUCAGUAUAGAUACUUGGGAGAUGUUGCAAUUCCUUAUGCAACUAGUGCUGUUUGGCAUCGCAGACAGCUAUUUGUUGCUACUCCAACAACCAUCGAGGUUGUUUUUGUGGAUGCUGGAAUUGCUCCAAUUGAUCUAGAGACAAAGAGGAUGAAAGAAGAACUGAGACUAAAAGAGGUACAAGCUAGAGCUGUUGCUGAGCAUGGUGAAUUAGCUCUGAUUUCAGUUGAUGGUCCAAAAGCCGAUACAAAUGAAAGGGUAUCUUUUAGACCACCAAUGCUUCAGGUCGUGAGAUUAGCUUCAUUUCAGCAUGCUCCUUCUGUGCCACCUUACUUAACAUUGCCAAAACUAUCGAAAAUUGACGGGGAUGAUUCAGGGAUGCCCGAAGAUAGAAGAGCUAAUGACAUUGCUGUUGGUGGUGGGGGUGUCGCUGUUGCGGUAACUCGCUUUCCUAUGGAGCAGAAACGACCAAUCGGUCCACUUGUAGUCGUGGGGGUUAGAGAUGGAGUACUCUGGCUGAUUGACAGGUAUAUGCGGGCCCAUGCUUUAUCUCUUAGUCAUCCUGGUAUUCGCUGCCGCUGUCUUGCUGCCUAUGGGGAUGCUGUCAGUGCAGUUAAAUGGGCUACUAGACUUGGCAGAGAGCAUCAUGAUGACUUGGCUGAAUUUAUGCUCGGAAUGGGUUAUGCUGCUGAAGCUCUUCAUUUGCCUGGAAUAUCUAAGAGAUUGGAGUUUGAUCUGGCCAUGCAGGGAAAUGAUCUGAAAAGAGCCCUUCAGUGUCUUUUGACAAUGAGCAACAGCAGGGAUAUAGGGCAAGAAACUUCAGGGUUGGAUUUGACAAACCUGUUAAAUGUAGCUGCUAAGAAGGAAAAUAUUGUAGAUGCAGUUCAAGGGAUAGCAAAAUAUGCAAAACAGUUCUUGGAACUUAUUGAUGCUGCAGAUGCAACGGCACAAUCUGAGAUUGCCCGUGAAGCUCUUAAGCGGUUAGCUGCUGCUGGUUCUGUAAAGGGAUCUUUGCAGAGUCAUGAAUUGAGGGGCUUGGCCUUGCGACUUGCAAAUCAUGGGGAGUUAACACGCUUAAGUACUCUGGUGAAUAAUUUAGUCUCACUUGGUUUGGGACGUGAAGCUGCAUUCUCAGCUGCAGUUUUGGGUGACAACGCUCUCAUGGAGAAGGCAUGGCAUGAGACAGGGAUGCUUGCGGAGGCUGUACUUCAUUCUCAUGCCCAUGGACGACCAACUCUUAAGAACUUGGUUGAGUCUUGGAAUAAAAUGUUGCAGAAGGAUCUUGAGCAUACUCGAACAACCAAAACAGAUGCAACUGCUGCAUUCCUGGCUUCAUUGGAGGAUCCCAAGCUUCCUAGUCUAGGCGACACAGGUAAAAAAGCUCCUAUUGAAAUUCUUCCUCCAGGGAUGAGUGCUCUCUCGCUCUCUAUAUCUGCUCAAAAGAAGCCGGUGCCUGCUACAAAGGGUUUACAACAGGAGCCUGGUAAGCCAUUGUUAUUAGGAGCACCUCCUACUGCAGCACCGAUUAAUGGUGUUACACUGCCACCGAAAGAUUCUGGUGAUUCGAGUGUGCCACCUCCAGCAGAUUCCAGCCAACCUGGAGCGUCGCCUCCAGCAGAUUCCAGUCAACCUGGAGUUCCAACUAUAGCAGAAUCCAGCCAAUCUGGAGCUGCUCCUCCAGCAGAGUCCAUCCUGCCUGGAGCUGCUCCUCCAGCAGCUGCCAGCCAACCUGGACCAGCUCUAUCAGAUUCUAUCCAGUCUGGUGAAGUUGGAGCUGCUUCUGCGGAAGUUUCUGAUCAACCACAACCAGGAGCACCUUCUUUAGCAGAUUUAAGUGAUCCAGGAUCUUCAACUCAUGUUGAUUCUGGCCAGUUGGAAGCUUCUAAACCCACGGAUUUUAGUCAGUCCGUUGCUCUACCACCAGUUGAAUCAAAUCAACCUGAAGCUUCACAACCUACAUCUGACUCGACUCAAUCAGUCUUGGAUCUCAAGGCUUCUGAGCAACAAUUAAUUGACAGUAUAGGUUCAGGGGUCACGAAACCAAGCAACUCAAGGUCUCCAUUCGCGGAUCUAGAACAACUGCUUAUGUAGCCAAUAAGUGAAGAGAUAUGUACUUUCUAGUAUAUUCCAUUGAAAUUUAACAUUUUGGUGUGUUAAGAUAUCAGUUUGUCUAUGUAAUAUUUGUCCCUGAGCUUCUUUGCUGGGAUUUCUUGGGUAUGUUGCAGGCAAUUUCACCAUUGAUUUUUACGAUCAAUAUUCUUUGUAUUCAGUAAAUCAAGGUACAGUUAGGGUUUUCUGGAAGCUGUAUACUAAAUUUGUAGAUUUUCCUAUCAUUUUUGUGAGUGAUUUGUUACAUAUUUGUCGGACUAA